CGCACGCAUCACUCCGCAGUAGAGGUGCCAAACUCGGGCUUUGACACAACUCCGGGUCUGUGGAAGUGGAAAGCCUGACAUCUUCUAAAAGGGGGACUCUGGUGAUUUAUACACCCCCUUUAUCCUCUUCUUCCUCUUACUUUUGGGGAUUCUUACUCUUUUUUUUUUCCUGCCUCCUCUUGCUGUUGUGUGGCCUCGACUUUGACAGAGAUUUACUGCACGAGUUUCCCGGACAUGUCUUUCCCUCAGCUGGGGUACCCCCAGUUUCUGAAUGCUAACCCUGAGGUGUAUGGGGGCGAGCGCCCGGGUUCUGCCCGGGAAGGAGGUAACGAGGGCGGCGUGAGUUCGUCCGCUACUGCCGCGGCUGUCGGCUCCAUGCUGGGGAUGUACGGGAACCCAUGGGCGCCUCAUAACUACAGUGCAUUUUUGCCGUACAGCGGUGCCACAGACCUCGCCCUCAUUUCCCAGAUGGGCUCGCAGUAUGAGCUUAAGGACAGCUCGGGCUCCCACCCUGCCGCUCUACCUGUCCAUGCUGCUCAAGGCUUCUAUCCGUACGGCCAGUACGCGUACGGGGACCCGUCGAGGGCCAAGACUGCCACAAGGGAAACGACCAGCACCCUGAAGGCCUGGCUGCAGGAGCACCAGAAGAACCCCUACCCCACCAAAGGAGAAAAAAUCAUGCUCGCUAUCAUCACACGGAUGACACUCACACAGGUGUCCACGUGGUUUGCGAACGCCCGCAGACGCCUGAAAAAGGAGAACAAGGUAACCUGGGGGCGAAGCGCCGAGGACCGGGACGGCCGAAUCUUCAGCAGCGACAACGAAGAUGAUAAUGGCAAGAACGGCAGCGACGACGAGGAGGAAGAUGAGGAAAUUGAUUUAGAAACUGUUGAUAUCGAGAGACCCGACGAGCAGCGAGCUGGGGAUCAGGACUCCGUGAAGGGAGAGGGGGAGGCAGGUCUGGCAGUAAGAGAGCAGGCCGCGGAGCCGAAGAGCUCUGACAGUAGCAGGACGCUUUCUGUUGAGGGCCUGAGAGGAGUGGAGGCGGCUAUUUCUUUACACAGAUCACCCGUUGUCAAACUCGCAGUGGAUCAUUCUCCAAACAGACAGGAGUGCCAGAGACCACCGCAGAGCAAACCCAAAAUCUGGUCCCUGGCUGAGACCGCCACGGCUCCCGACAGCUCUCAUAAACCCUCACCCCCAGUUCAUACGCACCACCCGGCUUUGGCCUCCGCUGGACAUCCGGCCUUACUCCCGGGUCAUGGGAUAUAUACAUGCCAGAUCGGCAAGCUGCAUAAUUGGGCCAACGCGGCUUUUCUCAAUGCCAACUCUCUUUUGAACAUGAGGUCCCUCCUCGGUGGGGCGCCGGCCGGACACCUGCCUCUCCACGGCACAGUACCGGUUGCGCGUCAUGACGCACGACAAGCGGCGGCGGGCCCCGGAACAUCGGGAACAGAAGACGACAGUGAUGUCGAGUCUUCUGGAAGCUUCAGUCCAAAAAUAGAUGAAGAAGAGAGCGACCACAGACCAGACUCCCUGAAGUCCUCAUUCCAGCUGAUCACUGACAGACCUCACCAUGGGACAGCAUCCCAACGAGUUCUAACAACAACAUCCUGAGAAGACAUUGAAAGAAAAAGAAGAAAGGAAUAAUUUUAUUUAAUGGAGAACAUUUUAAUGAAGGGUAUUUUCUGACCGUUCGACCUGGCAUAGUAUUAUUGUUUAGCUUCUCUAAACUAAAGAGAUUGUUGUUUUUGUCACAUAUUUGCUUGUAUCUCUCUUUUAUGUCCUAUGUUUUUCUUCCUCUUUUCUGUUGUGAAUGGAAACCUUGAAAAUUGUAAAUACAGGAUAUGAAUUUGUCUUUAAAGAAUAUAUUUUUUGGAAACUAAAUAAAUGUCAUAAUAGUCAUUUAUUAUUGGA